CACUGGGAUUGUAUACAGCCUGCGAACAUCGUAUGGAGCUGACUCGGUCCCUUAGAUGAGUUUACUGGAAUCUGUGAUGUACACCCUAAGCAUAACGCACGUCCAGUAGCAUGGCGUCCUGAUUCAUAUCGUGCUUACGUCUUUCCGAGCUCUACAGGCAAAAACGAGAGGUAUUGACUUUACUGGAAAUAUGACAUGCUAUACGCGCGGUGGGGUCUGAGGGAAUCGUAAGCAGCGUAAGUCUUGUUACUGAUGUCGGACAAGUUGUGCUGGAUUGGGUUCGGGGUUGCGAUGGAAAAGUUGGGUCCUUUCCAACAUCGAGUAGGAGCUAGUGGAGGAAGAAGGGCUUUUAUGUAAAGUUUUCAGCGAAGCGUCAAUCCAUCGUUUGGAGGACAUAUAGAAAGCCAGAUGUGUGUAGAAUGGCCAAUUUACUGCGUCGGUUCGAAAGGUAAUACAGUGCACACCUUGUUUACGGGAUUAUUCUUUGUAGUUUGAUGCUGCUGCGGAGCUCCAGCUAUUCUCUACACAGAUAAUUCGAGACUGCGGUUCCGAUGCCGUUAUGCGGCAAGUAUAUUCCUCCAAAGUGCAGAGUGUAUGGAGCUCCUUACUCGAUAUGCACGAGCAGAGUGAUCAUGACCCUUAUGGAGAAGGAAGUCGACUACGAACUGCGUUUACUCGAUACCGCGGGCAGAGAUUUUAGAAUCCUCACCAAAGAAUACAAGGAGCCCAGAUAUUUGGCUCUGCAGCCCUUCGGAAAGACUCCCCUCUUUCAAGACAGCGAAGUGAAGAUGUUUGAGUCUCGAGCUAUCAUCAGGUACAUUGCCCGCAAGCACGACGAUCAUGGACCUCAUCUGUAUGGAACGAACGAGAAAGAGAGAACAAUGGUGGAUCAGUGGCUGGAGGUUGAAGCCCAAAACUACAAUCCGGCCAUAGCACCUGCUGUAUUCCAUCUUGUCUUUGCGGCUUGGUUUGGUAAAAUUGGCGAUAUUAGAGUUAUCAACCCAAGUCUCGAGAGAUUGGAGAAGGUGUUGGAUAUUUAUGAAGCGCAGCUCAUGAAAACCAGGUACUUAGCAGGUGAUUUUUUCAGCUUGGCAGACUUGUCUCAUCUCCCUUUUACACAUCUUCUUAUCAACCACGCUGGAAAAGGAGACCUUUACAGUAAGAGGCCUUUUUUGAAGGCCUGGUGGGAGGAUAUUUUUUCUCGCCCUACAUGGUUGAAACAUCUCGCCAAGGCAUUCCCCCACAUAUACUACGAUCCAAACGAAUAACGGCCGUAGUUUUUGCCUUGGAGAGGCCUGAAACCACGGCCUGAUCAACUUGCAUCCUUUGAUGCAAGUACCUCUGUGAACACUGUACGCGAUAAAUUGCGUCCGCGUUGAAGUAACUCUUCAGGUAUCCAACGAAGAGAAUCUUUGAACAGAGAACACGAUUAAAUAAAACGAAUUACUUCGAGAAAGUGUUUGAGGGUUCGACAUCGUAGUACUGUGAUCUCGCUCGGAAGCGAAUCGUGGUCUCGAGGUCUUUUGCUCCCUUGUAAUAUACUUUCGUAUUGAGCCAUUGCCAGUAAGAUCUGAGAUCACAGUUUCCAGCCGCACUAGAGUCUGCGGUCCAAUUUCCUGUACGUAAAUUGCUUGUCACGCGGUCAAGCGUGAUUCACUCUCACUCUUGCUCGCCUCCUUUCACCUCAUUCUAUUCUUACAGACAACAACGCUGGCCCAGAUUUGAGUCGGCGAAUGACAAGAGUCUGGAGUUUAACUGCGCCAGAAACAUCGCAUUUAGAGUUAAGUGUGCAUUUACCCGGUUGAAUUUCGAUCAUAUUCGGAAUGCUGAUAAUGGAUUGGGGAAAAUUGAACCCUCUUCAAACUCUGAGUCCUUCAAAUUAUGCUAUUCCAGUCCGCUGUAUUCAAAGAACGAAGGUUUCUGAGAUUUCCUCCGUGUUCGGUAUAUACGUAGAAGCUCCCACUAGUACUAUCAUUAAUCAAUUUCGAUGUAAAAUUUCCCUGAGCCAUCGACGCGCUGUCAAAGUAAUGAAGCUAGGAAAGUACGCAACAGAAGAAUAAAGAAUGAAUGGAAAACACGAAAAUUCCAUCUUGGUAUUCGAGGCAAGAAACCAUGGAAUUCGUCGUCAAUCCUAGUCCGGGUACAUCUGUAUUGAAACUACUCCGUACAGAACAGAGAAAGCUAGGAAUCCUUGAUGUGCCACGUUCCUUUUGAGCUCUGUAAGCAGAUUGAAGGACCUUGACAACCUUCCAGAUCUCCUCUGUUCUCUCUUGCCAACUAAUUGCCAAAAUUGUUACGGUCGAAUGAGUUCCAGCUCAGACUUUAUGAUCUGAUAUAUUUUGACGUCAAACACAAUUUGGAAAACAUUGUGUUAUGUGUCACUCUUGGCCG